CCCAUUUUAUUUCUAAAUAUUCUCUGGUGAUGUCUGCUAAUAUUUCUUUAAUUUACCAAAAUGAUGCUGACCUUAAAAAAGCUGACGUGGAAGCCUUAUUGGAAUGGACGUCGAAACAGCCUCAUUUACCAAAAAUGUCUGAACUCCAGGUGAUAAACUUCCUCCAGAGCUGCUACUAUAGGAACGAACAAGCCAAGUCCGCCAUCGAUAACUACUUCACCAUCAGGACGUUGUGCCCCGACAUAUUUAGUGAACGAAAUCCGAAUAAUCCAAGCGUGCAAGCGGCUCUCGACUGUGCCUUUAUGGUUUUUUUACCAAAAUUAACCCCGGAAAACUACCAAGUGUAUUUGAUGAAACUAAUCGAUUGUGACCCAAACCGUUUCAACUUCUCCAACCAGAUAAGGUACUUUGACAUGUUGGAAAUGUUAACUUUACACAAGUACGGCCCUCAAGAAGGGGUGCAAAUCUGUAUUGAUAUGGAAGGGUUCGUUUUUGGGCAUUUAAUCAGAUUACAGACAAGUACCAUUAAGAAUUUCCUUUUUUAUUUACAAGAAGCAAUGCCCAUUAGGUUAAAAGGGGUGCAUUUCAUCAACCCAUUUCCUUUUAUAGACAAGCUGCUUGCUCUCAUGAAACCUUUCAUGAAAAAGGAACUCGUGGACAUGGUAACAAUGAAAAAACAAAAAAAAAUUAAUAUAAAAAAAAAACAAUUUAAGCUUCACGUGCAUAAUUCCAUCGAGACCUUCUUCGAACACGUGCCAAUAGAGUGUUUGCCAAAGGAAUAUGGUGGGCAAAUGGACCCUAUAAAAAUACUAUAUGACAAUGUCACUAAGGAAAUGAAUGAAAAUGCCGACUUUUUCGACCAGGAGGAGACUCAAAGGGUAAACGAGAGCCUACGACCCGGUAAACCCAAGAAUAUGGGAGAUUUCUUUGGAAUCGAGGGUACAUUUAAAAAGUUAGCAGUGGAUUAAAUUUUUGGAAUUUAAAACGUGUGCAAUGUUUGUUGUUAAAUUUGCAAUGUCUAUUAAAAAAUAGCCUAAAGGGAGUAAAAUCUUAAAGAAC